GUGGGCCCUGUGGGUACAGACAGAGGCCCUGGGAUGGCCCCGAGGACCCCCCUCAGGGCUCUCCUGCUGCUCCUGGGACUGCUGACUGCAGGCCUGGCCCAGCCGCCGGUCCCCACCUCAACUUCCCGAGGCUUCUGGGCCCUGCCUGAAAACCUGACGGUGGUGGAGGGAACCGAGGUGGAGCUGCGGUGCGGAGUCAACGCCCCGGGCAGUGUGGUGCAAUGGGCCAAAGACGGGCUACUCCUAGGCCCCGACCCUAGAAUCCCGGGCUUCCCGAGGUACCGCCUGGAAGGGGACCCUGCCAGAGGCGAAUUCCACCUGCACAUCGAAGCGUGUGACCUCAGCGACGACGCACAGUACGAGUGCCAGGUCGGCCGCUCAGAGAUGGGCCCCGAGCUCGUGUCUCCCAGAGGGAUCCUCUCUAUCCUGGUCCCCCCCAAGGUGCUUCAGCUGUCCCCUGAAGCAGGGAGCACGGUCACCUGGGUAGCUGGGCAGGAGUACGAGGUCAGCUGUGUGUCGGGGGACGCGAAGCCAGCACCCGAUAUCACCUUCCUGCAGAGUGGACAAACAAUUCCGGACAUCUCUACGAACGUGAACGAAGGGUCCCAGGAGAAACUCUUCAUCACCGAGGCUACAGCCAGGGUGAUACCCCAGAGCUCAGAUAAUGGGCAGUUGCUGGUCUGUGAGGGGUCCAGCCCAGCUUUGGACACCCCCAUCAAGGCCUCCUUUACCAUGGACAUUCUGUUUCCCCCAGGACCUCCUAUCAUCGAGUGGCCAGGUCUGGACGAAGGGCAUGUGCGGGCGGGGGAAAGCUUGGAGCUGCCCUGUGUGGCCCGAGGAGGCAACCCGCCAGCCACGCUGCAGUGGUUGAAGAAUGGCCAGCCCAUGUCCACCACGUGGGGCACGGAGCACAUCCAGGCAGUGGCCCGCAGCGUGCUGGUGAUGACAGUGCAGCCAGAGGACCACAGAGCGCGGCUCAGCUGUGAGGCCCACAACAGUGUAUCUACGGGGCCCCAGGAACGCAGCAUCACGCUACAGGUCACCUUUCCCCCCAGUGCCAUUACCAUCUUGGGAUCUGCAUCCCAGUCUGAGAAUAAGAACGUGACGCUCUCCUGUGUCUCCAAGUCCAGUCGCCCACGGGUCCUACUGCGAUGGUGGCUGGGCUGGCGGCCACUGCAGCCUACGGAGGAGACAGUUAUGGAUGGCCUGCAUGGAGGCCACAUCUCUAUGUCUAAUCUGACAUUCCUGGCGCGGCGUGAGGACAAUGGUCUAACUCUCACCUGUGAGGCUUUCAGUGAGGCUUUUGCCAAGGAGACCUUUAAGAAAUCACUCACCUUAAAUGUGAAAUAUCCUGCCCAGAAGCUGUGGAUUGAGGGACCCCCAAAGGGGCAGCACGUCCGGGCUGGGACCCGGGUGAGGCUGGUGUGUUUGGCCAUCGGAGGCAACCCAGACCCCUCCCUCACCUGGUAUAAGGUUGGACUCUCGCACCGUAGGCAACCCCAGGAGCCGCGGCGGAUGCGGCUCGGCAGUGUGGAAAAGUCUGGGAGCACGUUCUCCCGCGAGCUGGUGCUGAUCACAGGCCCGUCGGACAACAAGGCCCAGUUCACAUGCAAGGACGGCCAGCUCAGCGCGUCCACUCAUCUCGUGGUGCAGUUUCCUCCAACUAACGUGACGAUUCUGGCCAACGCGUCGGCGCUGCGCCCAGGGGACGCCUUAAACUUGACCUGCUUCAGCAUUAGCAGCAACCCGCCGGUCAACCUGACCUGGGACAAGGAGGGGGAGAGGCUGGAAGACGUGGCUGCACUGCCCCAGAGAGCCCCUUUCAAAGGCUUCGCCGCUGCCAGGAGCGUCCUUCUGCUAGUGUCAUCCCGUGACCAUGGCCACCGUGUGACCUGCCGUGCCCACAGCCCCCAGCUCCGCGAAACCCUGAGUGCCUUCUAUCGCCUCAACGUGCUUUACCCUCCAGAGUUCCUGGGGGAGCAGGUGCUGGUGGUGACCGCGGUGGAGCAGGGCGAGGUGCUGCUGCCGGUGUCCGUGUCCGCCAACCCCGCUCCCGACGCCUUCAACUGGACCUUCCGUGGCUAUCGCCUCAGCCCAGCUGGCGGUCCCCGGCAUCGUAUUCUGCCUGAUGGAGCUCUGCGGCUUUGGAAUGUGACCCGAGCAGACGACGGCCUCUAUCAAUUGCACUGCCAGAACUCGGAGGGCACCGCGGAAGCACUCGUGCGGCUCCAUGUGCACUAUGCACCCACCAUCCGCGCCCUUCAGGACCCUACUGAGGUGAAUGUCGGGGGUUCUGUGGACAUAGUCUGCACAGUUGACGCCAAUCCUAUCCUCCCAGGGAUGUUCAACUGGGAGAGGCUGGGUGAAGAGGAGGAGGAGGACCAGAGCCUGGAUGAUAUGGAGAAGAUAUCAAAGGGAUCUACAGGGCGUCUGCGGGUUCACCAUGCCACAGUGGCCCAGGCUGGUGCUUACCAGUGCAUUGUGGACAACGGGGUGGCACCUCCAGCUCGAGGGCUGGUCCGUCUCGUUGUCAGAUAUGCCCCCCAGGUGGAACAUCCCACUCCCCUAACUAAGGUGGCAGCAGCUGGAGACAGUACCAGUUCGGCCACCCUUCACUGCCGUGCCCGAGGUGUCCCCAAUGUAGUCUUCACUUGGACCAAAAAUGGGCUCCCUCUGGAUCCUGAGGAUCCCAGGUACACAGAACACACAUACCACCAAGGUGGGGUCCACAGCAGUCUCCUGACCAUUGCCAACGUGUCUGCAGCCCAAGAUUAUGCACUCUUCACCUGUACAGCCACCAAUCCCCUUGGCUCUGACCAUACCAACAUUCAACUCGUCAGCAUUGGCCGUCCUGACCCCCCAUCAGGAUUGAAGGUUGUGAGCAUGACCCCACACUCAAUGGGGCUGGAAUGGAAGCCUGGCUUUGAUGGGGGAUUGCCGCAGAGGUUCCGCAUCAGGUAUGAGGCUCUGGGGACUCCAGGGUUCCUGUAUGUGGAUGUCCUGCCGCCUCAGGCCACCACCUUUACGUUGACUGGGCUGCAGCCUUCUACACAAUACAGGGUCUGGCUGCUGGCCAGCAAUGCCCUGGGGGACAGUGGACUAGUUGACAAGGGGACUCAGCUCCUCAUUAUGACUCCAGGCCUGGACCAGCCUUCUGGGGAACCUGAAUACCAGGCGCCCACAGAGCAGCCUACAAGUCCCCCGGGGCUACCCUUGCUGCCAGUGCUGUGUGCUGUUGGGGGUCUUCUCCUGCUUUCUAAUGCUUCCUGUGUUGGGGGAUUCCUCUGGCAGCGGAGACUGAGACGUCUUGCUGAAGGCAUCUCCGAAAAGACAGGGUCGGAGGAGGACCGAGUCAGGAAUGACUAUGAGGAGAGCCAGUGGACUGGAGACCGUGACACUCGAAGUUCCACGGUUAGCACAACAGACUUGGAGCCGUAUUACCACUCCAUGAGGGACUUCAGCCCCCGGUUGCCCCCGACGCUGGAAGAGGUACCUUAUUCCCAAGCUCCAGGUUUCGCAGGUCUUGCUGAUGAAGAUAUGGCCUUCCCCAGGCACCUGUAUGACGAGGUGGAAAGAACAUACGCCCCCUCUGGGACUUGGGGACCCCUCUACGAUGAAGUACAGAUGAGCCCCUAUGACCUCUACUGGCCUGAGAACAAGUAUGAGGAUUCCAGAGGAAUCUAUGAUCAGGUGGCAGGAGACGUGGACACCGUGGAAUCUGAUUCUCUGCCCUUUGAGCUGAGGGGGCAUCUGGUGUGAGAACUUUCUCAACGCCCUUUUCCUGCACUUACGGGACAUUCUCCUCCAAUGACUCUUCUCAUUGUCGCCUGGGCGGAACUCACUUAAGGAGCUCUGUAACACACAAAGGGACUGGACUUUCAGGAGGGACUAUGGAGGGAUGUGUGUAAGUGACAGAAGGUGAUUCAACAGGGUGCCGAAGUAGAAACAGACUCCUUCUGGGGUUGCCUUUAGAAACAAAACUUCUCCAGGACCAGCAGUUAGUGUAAUGGCUAUGAGGCUGAACGCCCAUGUAGUUGACUGU